AUGCAUACGCGCGUGUUUGUGCGGCUAUACGACGGUGUAAUGCAGUACGAAACUGACGACGAGGUGCUGCAGCUGCCCCCGCCGCCUCUUAAGUGGAAGGACGCAAUCACUGCUAUGGUGGCUGCUGUGGGUAAGCAGAGCGAGUACGAGGAUGGCGUGACGAUGCCUAAGGCGCGGCUCUUUUUGCUUCCCACAGAGGCCGCAGGAAUUGCGGCUGAACUAAAUGCCCGCUCAUUGCGCUUUGGUGUCCGAGAAAAUGACCGCUUUGUGGUUUGUCUUCGAGGUGAGGAUUACCAGCAGCCGAGUGAACGCCAAGCGUCAGCGGAAGUCGCUGCUACUGCAACUUCUGGUGUGUCGUCGGCAAGACCGAUGACGUUGUCCACGCCGAGCUCCAGUUGUGGAACAACAGAGCCCAGUAUUUUUUCCUAUGCUAAUGGUCAGAAUGCAGGCGAAUCAAACAAUGCUGCACCGUCUGGAAACAUGGGAGGACCUCUUAGUGGUGGACUUGGAGGUAACGCCCCGUCUGGAAAUUUGAUGUCCAGUGGAAAGAAGGGAAGCAAGCGUUACCGAAGCGUUUCCGGAAAGAUGGCUGCAAUCAAGUCACUGGGCGAUAUGGGACUCAUUUCGAACGACGACCGUGGUCAUUUAAAGGAUUUGGUGCUGAAUAGUGACUCGCCAGAGCUGCAGGAGGCCUUGGACAAGUAUAACAACACUGGUGACUUUCAGGCUGUAAAGGAUCUGCUGCUUAAGGAGAUGCAGAACCCGCUUUCAAAGCGUAACACUACCGACUGGCUAUCGGAAAGUUUUGUUAACGACAUUGCGCUAAACUUCAACACCAUGGUACCUGCUGUUAAGACGGACUCAAUAUUAGCGCAAAACAUCAACCAAGGGGAUCGAUUUAGUCCAGUACCUAUAGCAGCGACACCACCAGCGAACACGUACAGGUACCAGACGACUAGUCAGUCUACGCCAAUGAACUCGACAGUCUAUUCGCAGAGCUCUCCCGUGGCGGUGAAUCACUAUUCGGCUUCCGGGAGUCUAGUCGUCCCUACAGGUGGCAACCUCUCUACUAGCAAUGGAUACAGUGCUGAAAUGCCCGUGUCAAAUGGCUACCAGCCUACGACUGUGAUGCCCCAGUUGUACCAUCAGCCACAUGCUUCACCGACCAACAACAUGUACCGCACUGCACCUCAGAUCAACUUGCCUCUUCGAGACCGCGCUACAUACAUGAAACGGGAAUAUGAAUCGUCGCCAGCCCACAACAUGCUGGGCAUAAGGCCACCGGCGGUUUUUCCUGCCGCCCCACCGCAAUUGGGCAUGGAUAUGUGUGUGAUGCAGCAAGGAUACGCGAUAAACCAAGGUCCACCAUACCCAGCAAACAUCGUCUACGCUGGGGACCAGUCCCAAUAUUCCAUGAGCCCGUACAUGGCAGGUGGCGUUUACAAUCAGCACCACCACCAGCCUCAGUAUGCAAUGAACCGGUACGGUUACGGCAGCACGCAGCCUGAAAUGGGCUACAAUUUUUACGCUGCAGGCUAUGGAUAUGGAAAGGCUCAACUUUGCGCUGGCCCUGGAGGCAAGUGGACUAACGCUCCACCGAUGCCGUCGUACCCUCCGCCGUGCUCAAAGGAGGAAAAAAAGGAGAAGAUUGCCAAGUGGUUGAAGAAGCGCGAGACCAGGAAUUGGUCUAACAAACCGUCUUACCCUGUGCGGCAUAGCAUCGCAAAAAACCGCAAGCGCGGAGAAGAUGGUCGGUUUAUUACGAAGGCACGGCUCGCUGAGAUGGCAGCGGAGGAAGCAGCGGCGGCAGCAACGCGUGAGAAUAGCGACGAGCCUCAACAUGCUUCUUUGCCGUCUUCUACGUCUGAAGAAGCUCCCAUCUUGAUUGUGUCGCAAACUACGAUGCCACAAGCAACGCCUGUGCCGUAG